AACGCAGGCGCGCUGCGAACACUCCCUCCGGGAACGCUUCGUUUGAUGGAUUGCCAUUUAUGGUGAUCCCGUGCGACGAAGGGAGAAACAUCAACCAAACAACAUUUGUGAUGCACCGUAGAACUUAAUAAUUCAGUUGAUCAUCUGGGGAAGACAGGCCACAGGGAAGAGAACGAGAAGCGAUUACGGAGGAAUAUAUAUACGUAUAUAAAUAUAUAUUUUCGCCUGCUUUAUCAGCUUCGCCUCCGCUGCUUUAGUCAUAUAGUCGGGUGCGAGUGAUGCUGCUCGGCAAAUAUAAAGAUGACGGCAUCGCCGUCGUAUGAAUAAGCGCGAGAAACCUGCAGAAGACUGACCCGUCGUCUCGCUCGUCUUCGUCGGUUUUUAUUUUCCGCCUCAAAAUGGCAGCGAGAUUAAUGUGCGGCAGCUCAAGAUGGCUUGUGCGGGCUAUUAUACUAGUGGCGGGCCUGUUAGCUUCGCUGGUUCAAGCCAAUUUUCCUCCUCCAGAGAGAUUGACCGGCAUGAAUCCUUGUAUCAGUAAACAGACAUGCCAUGAAUGUAUACAGACUCCACACUGCGCAUGGUGCGCAGCACCGAAAUUCUCCGAGAAAAGGUGCUUCCUUCCAAAUAUCAAUACUAAGAUAUUUGCCACGUGUCCUCCUGAGUACACGUGGAAUCCUGACAAUGUCUUCAGCAUGCUGCGACACCGUAACUUAACAAAGGGUGGUUAUACUGCUGGUGGCAGUGGUGCAGCAGGAGGAUACGACAGCAUCGAGAGCUCAUACUCCAAUUUCUCGUCUUCCAGUUCAUCCUCCUCGCAUUUCCAUAAGGAGAGUUCGAGCAGUGGCGGUAGUAGAAGACAGGAGGCUGUGCAAAUGUGGCCUCAAGAGGUCAAUUUGAAACUUAGAAUAAAUGAAGCUUAUAGAAUGUCCUUUGCAUACUCCCAAGCAGAGGAUUAUCCUGUUGAUCUCUACUAUCUUAUGGACCUGAGCAAAUCUAUGGAGGACGACAAGAAGAAGUUGUCCGACCUGGGCCAAUUAUUGGUAGAGAGCAUGAGCAAGAUCACGAGCAACUUCCGUUUAGGUUUUGGUAGCUUUGUCGACAAGGUCGUAAUGCCAUAUGUUAAUACUGUGCCAAAAUCACUCAUCGAACCAUGCGACGGCUGCGCGGCGCCUUACGGAUACAAAAACAUCAUGAGGCUCUCUCAGGACACGAGCAAUUUUGCGGGAUUGGUGCGUAACGCGUCUGUAUCCGGCAACCUGGACGCACCGGAAGGAGGCUUCGACGCGAUCAUGCAAGCGAUAGUUUGCCGGAAUCAGAUAGGCUGGCGCGAAAAGGCUCGUCGAUUACUGGUGUUCUCGACUGACGCUGGUUUCCAUUACGCGGGUGACGGCAAGCUGGGUGGUAUCAUCAAGCCGAACGACGGCCUGUGCCACCUGGACACCAGGGGCACGUACACCCAUUCGUCCCUGCAGGAUUACCCGAGCAUCUCGCAGAUCAAUCUGAAGGUGAAGCAGAACGCCAUAAACAUCAUAUGGGCGGUCACCGAGGAACAGAUCAACGUUUACAAGAGACUCACAAAGCACGUGGAGGGUUCUUUCGCCGGCAAACUCUCCGACGACUCUAGUAACGUCGUAGAACUAAUCCGCGAGCAAUACGACGCCAUCUCGAGCUCGGUGGAGAUGAAGGACACGGCUAGCAGCGCCAUCAAGGUCAAGUACUUCUCCAGCUGCCUGGGCACCGGCCCGGCGGUCGAGACGUCGAAAUGCGACGGACUGAAAGUCGGUACGAAGGUGGAGUUUAUCGCCGAGAUCGAAGUCACCAGCUGUCCGGCCAACAGGUCGGAGUGGAAGCAAAAGUUUGACAUUUAUCCGGUCGGUAUAAACGAGACUCUGACGGUGAACCUAGAGAUGUUGUGCGACUGCGAGUGCGAGCGCCAGGGCCACAUGUACGAGGAGAAGUCAUCCGAGUGCAACGGCGUGGGCACCCUGAAGUGCGGCGUCUGCGAGUGCUACGACGGAUUCUUCGGCAAGCGCUGCGAGUGUAGCCCCCAUCAGGAACUCACCGGUUUCGACAAGCACUUUCAGUCGUGUCGACCAGACAACACCUCUCUCGUGGACUGCUCGGGUCGCGGAACCUGCGCCUGUGGUCAAUGCGAGUGCGAGGAACGAGACAAUACGAAAGAGAUAAUAUCGGGACACUUUUGCGAGUGCGACAACUUCUCCUGCGAUCGUGAUCAGGGUAAGCUCUGCUCCGAUCACGGUACCUGCGAAUGCGGACAGUGUGUCUGCAACGCUGGUUGGACGGGACCAUCCUGCAACUGCAGAUCCUCCAACGAUUCCUGCAUCGCCCCAGGAACUACUAAUGGUGUACUAUGCUCGGGUCAUGGCGACUGCGUGUGCGGGGAGUGCAUCUGUCACGAGGAGGGCAACACUCGAUACUCCGGGAAGCACUGCAACAAGUGCCCGACUUGCCCGAGCCGAUGCGAGGAGCUGAAACCCUGCGUGCAGUGCCAAAUGUACGGCACCGGGAACUACAGCGAUGCGGAGGAGUGCGCCAAGAACUGCAAGGAAUUCGUGCCCGAGGGCGUGGAGACGGUGAUCGUCGACGUGGACAACGACGAGGUGCCGUGCUUCGGCACGGACGAGGACGAUUGCAAGUACAACUUCGUUUACUACUACAACGAGACCAACUGCCUCCAGGUGCGCGCACAGAACGAGCGCGAGUGCCCGCCCCUCUACAUGCUCGGGAUCGUGCUGGGCGUGAUCGCGGCAGUGGUUCUCGUCGGUCUGGCUCUGCUCCUUCUGUGGAAGCUGCUCACGACGAUUCACGACAGACGGGAGUUCGCUCGAUUCGAGAAAGAGAGAAUGAUGGCCAAGUGGGACACGGGGGAGAAUCCGAUCUACAAGCAAGCGACUUCGACGUUCAAGAAUCCGACUUAUGCUGGAAAAUAAUUCAACAUGAAAAGGAUUUUGAAAAGAGAAUUGCGCAGCGAUUUGCGAGUGUCAACUGCGUCUCGUCUCUCAAGUUCACACAGCAAGAUCUUGAGUAAUUACGUAAAGGGACAGUAACUCUAGACGGCGUAACAGAUCUAGAUCUAACGUAUUUUAGCGUAUACAUAAUUAUUUAAAGGAACUAAUAUUUAAAUACGAUAUAUACUCUAUAUUUUGUUGAGAUAUUUGUAAAGAAAAAACUUAAAAAUACUGCCAUUAACAUAGACUGCACUAGGACGCGCGUGCGUCAUUUGUUUUAAAAAAAAAUUAUAACGUUAAUAUUUUAUCGGUAUCGCGAUCGUGGUUUAAGGAAGACAGGCUAGUUUUAAGCUAUAUUUAACGUUCAAGUGCCUUUUUAAUGUCACGACCGAUGGUAUUCUUCGCAAUCGACUCUCAAUUAUCUUCAUUACCGCAUUUCUUAAGUAAUACGCGCAAAUACAAAGAGUGCUUAAUAUAUACGAUAACAUAAUUAAGAAUGGAUCCAGAAGAGAAAAAAUAGCAAGUGAAGGAUACAUGAUUUUAUUCUACGUUGUUUCUCAGUCACCGGCUAUUAAGCACACAUUUGUCACUUCCUUAUAAUUUACUUUCUGUUAUCGCUUCACAGAUAAGGAUUAGAGGGUAAACUACAAAUUAUUAUAGGCUUCGACGCCUUAUUUUAAAAACAGUAAAUUAAAGUGAGUCACAAUGAGACACUGUAACAUCUAUGAGUCAUUGGUUAACAAAUUCUACAUGAGAUAGAAAAUGUAAAUAUUCUAGUUGAUUAUAAUAGAUUUAUAAGGAAUUGUUAGAAAGAUCGUGUAAUUCGGAAAAAAACGAAAUAUCAAAUACUGGAUCUAUUUCUGAAUUAUAUUUCGCACAUAUUACGUUGCAUUUUGUAUAUCAUGACAGAAAAAAAGGCUUCACUCUUCCGAAAACGAAUGACUGUCGAAAAUUUUAUACAUAUAUAUAUAUAUAUAUAUUUUUUAGUGCAAUCCGCAUGAAGAUAUACAGGACGUAUCUAAAUAAGGGAGCUAAAAAUUUUAUUUUUUCUCAAAUUUUAGACGAAUUAAAAAAUGAAACUUGGAAGAUAUUUGGAUAUUUUUCGUUUCAAUUUUUAUUUGUCUGAAAUCUGAGAAAAAGAUAACUGAAUUUUUACCUCUCUCUUUAGAACUCCUCAGGAGAGAUAUAAAAGUAUAUGUUUAUGUAAGAAACCUUCCUUAAUUUUCGACAAAAAUCAUCUAGAAUUUUUCGCACUUAUUUAGAUACACCCUGUAUAAUCCUUACGAGAAAAAUUUGACAAUGCAUUUAUCUGCAUGAA